AAGCUGUCAUUCGAUUUUUCACAUUGAUCAACAGAUGAACGUUUUUUUAAAUCAUUGUUUUCAUGUAAGAGAAAUGGAACGAGUCAAAAUACAAACAAAAUUAUUUUUUCCUAUUAAACACAUACUUAUUGUACUUAUCGUAUAUCAAGCUAAUUUCCUGAAGAACUGAAUAUUUUUGAUUGAAGACGAAAAUAUGUAAAUUUUUCGAAAGACAAGCAUCAAGGUCUGUUGUCAUUUUUUAGAUGAACUUGUGUAAAAAGAUUUUUAUGAAUUUUACUUUCGUAGAUAUAAAAAAGAUUUUUGACUGACGACGGAAGAUCCCUAGCUGAUACCCUCCGAUUUCGAUGAUUUUUUCUGCCAAUAGAUACUAUAUGGUGUCCUAGUCUUAACUUUCAAAGGAUUUGGUUGUAUAGCUCUUCUUUCUUUAAUACUUCCUUUGAUUUUAAUUGAUAUAAAACAUCAACACUUGUAACACAUUGUCCCGAACUUCUGUCAAUCAUUGUUUUCCUUUUCUGUGUUACGUGUUACUGUUGGUGUUAGAUAUUGUUGAAUAGCACCAUUGAUUGCAUCUUGGAUUGAGAAAUCCGUGUGUGCUAAAAUAUCAUACAAGAGACAAAGAGCUACAAUCUACUAUCUGAUAGAGUAGCUCACUAUUCGCAGAACACAUUGAUAAAAUAUCUCAUGUCUGAUCGGUCCGUUUUGAAGAACUCCUGGACAUUUGCUCGGACUUUCUUGAGAUGAAUUCAAAAGAGAUAAUGAAUUGCCUAUUAAUGAUGAAGUAUUUAAUGGACCCAAGACAAAAUGAUUUGAUGAGACUUGAUUAGAUUUUACUGUAGGAAUUUGUACAGGCGGUAUUGAAAUAGUUGAUUGUAUUGAACCAGUUUUUGGUGAUAAUAGGAUGGAAUUAGUUGAGUUCGUUGAUGAUGUAGGUCCAGAGCUUGUAAACAAAAGAUUUGAUGCUGAUUGUGACCAUCCUGACGGUUUUGUUGCACUGCAGUCACUACAAGUAUUAUCAUUGCGUGUAUUAUCUGUUGAUGUCGGUAACGAAUACUCUAUCGAUAAUGAACGAACAAGAUUUGUUUUUGCAGAAGUAGAAGACUUUCGAAUUUUUUCUUUAGGAAUUGCGCGCUUAUCAAAAGGCUGUAUACCAGCUUUCGCAAAUCCUCCAGCACAAUGA